UUAAGUUAAUUAGUAUAUUUAGUCGUAGCGAAAUAGAGUAUUUCUACGCACGUCGUUUAAACAUUACAAUGAUUUCCGAUUCAAAACAAGAAGCUUAUACGAAUGACGAACAACUAAUUUCAAAAGUCGGUGUUAACAAUGUCGAUAUCAUCAGAGAGUGGUUAUCAAAGCAACCCCAUUUACCGAAAAUAUCAGACAAGCAAUUGGUGAUAUUUUUAAACUGCUGUCGGUGUAAUCUGGAAAAUACGAAAAAAAUGAUAGACGCAUAUUAUACCAUGAGAACUCACAAUCCUGAAAUGUUUAGCAACAGGACGAUCUCCGAACUUGAGAAAACUUUCAAUAUAUUUUAUUUUCAUAAAAUGCCGUUGCUACCAGACGGCUCUCGAGCGGGAUUUUCGCGUCUACGAGACUUCAACUCCAACGUAUUUAACACGUUAGACACAAUACGACUUGUGUUUGCAAUGUAUGAUGUAUGCAUAGAUGAAGAUCCGCUGGCGGAAGAAUGGAAAUUCGUGAUGGACAUGACCGGAUUCUCAAUAGGCCAUUUAACUAAACUCACCAAUUUGACUCUGAUGAAAAAAUGCAUGGCCUACGUGCAAAUAGCUCUUCCAAUGCGGUUAACAGCCGUCCACUUGAUAAACGCUCCACCAUUGGCUAACCAAUUGAUGAUGUUCUUAAAGCCAUUAAUGAACAAAGACUUAUAUUCGAUGAUUUCAGUUCACCCAGCGAGUGAUAUGGACAGUGUUUACAAAUCUAUACCAAAAGAAUACUUUUCCAGCGACAUGGGUGGAAAAGCUCCUUCAUUUGAAGCCCAAAAAGAAGAAUCACAGAAACGUUUUAAGUCGUACCAGAUUUUUUUUGAUAACGACGAGAAAUUCAACCGUAUAGACGAGAGCAAGUGGAUCGAUAAGAAUAAUCGAUUUAAUUCGACAAACUAUGGACUCGAAGGAUCGUUUAAAAAACUAGAAUUGGAUUAAACCGUUUUUUUUUUAUACAUAUUUGUUAUAUCGUGAUUUACGUGUAUAAUAUUAUAAAUAUAUACAAAAUCAAUCGUCGCCAAUCAUUAUGUACAUUUUAAUUUAAAUAAAUACUGCACAAUCAUAUGCUGUAAUAUAUGAAUUACUAAUUAGGUAUAUGCAGGGCCGGAGUUACCUUAACCUUUUGCGAGGCCCUGGGCAAAACUCAUUUAACCAAUAACCAUAAUAUAGUCACUUAUAUAGUAUAGGCCAUAGGUCACAUAGGUAUAACAUUAAAGGCGAAAAAUUAUCAAAAAUAUGUGUCCAAAUAAAAAAAAAAUUUUAAUUUACUUUAACAUAUUAUUAAAAACUUAAGCUCUUCUAAAAUGUUGAUUUUAAUUGCACUUAUGAUGAUUAUUGCAGGAUAUAAAAAUAGGUACAUUAGCAAAUGAAACAUGUAAAAGUACCAUAAGAACACAAAGUGCUCUAUACCCCAAACAGGGUAUGGGUUUAAAGAUCUUUAUGAAUAUUAUCUUGUUUUUAUACUAAUAAAAAAAAUAAAAAAAUACUCAUAUUAAAACUAUUACAUUCUUUGCUUCUCUCAGAAUCUAAUAUUAAUUAUUAAUUAUUAAAGAAAAAUAUAAAAAUAUAAUUUGCAUAAAUAAAAAUUGGUUUUAGAAAGUGUUUUUCGACCGGCUUAACAAACCCAGGUAAUGUCAGACUUUUAUGAUUGAUAUAUUUAUUUUAUACUUUUAUAUGAUAUGCCUUAUACAUGCGGCCAAAGGGAAAUAAUUUCCCUUUAUAGGUACAUAAUAUUAAACAUAAAACAAUUUUUUAUAUGACAUUUCAACCAUAUUUAUAAAACAAAUAGAAAGCACGGGGUGAUUAUUUUAAUAGCAAAUACUAACCUAUUAUUCGAAGCGAAAUGUUAACAUUAUAGUUUUGCGCUUAUAAAUCCAUUGCAUAUUAUGCCCUAUUUGUAUAAUUGUAUCACUGAAUUAAGUUUAUAAAUUAACGUAUAGGUACGCUAUAGAUUUUUUACGAAAACACCACUGUAUUUACUAAAUAAUCAAUGUAUAUGAAUAAAUAUGUACGAUUUAUACGAAUGACAAAAUUAAACAAUCAUAUUAAUAUUAUAAUUAUUUUUUUGACGAGUGUUGAUAAUGACGAUAAGAAUUUAUUAGAUAUUCUCAUUUAAAUGUUCACAUAGCCUCAUAGGCGCAAAUUGAGGGGGCUUAGGGGGCUAAGCCCCCAAACUUAGCUGCAGCCCCCCCCCCAAACAAAAAA